AUGGAUAGACGGUUCUCACUGGAAGAUGCAGCCGCGCUCAGUGCACCGUGGGAGGAGGAGGUUAAGCAGGCGCUUGCGGAAAUGGCGUCGGGCAAAACGCCGGGGAGGGAUGGGCUGCCGAAGAAGCUCUGGGAGUCGCACUGGAGCUUGCUGGAUGGUCAUGUGAUGCAGUUCUUGAAGGACUUUGAGCAGACGGCGUCACUUGGGGCAGAAUUCUCGAUGGCUGUGACGGUGCUUCUGCACAAGAAGGGGGAUAAACAGGACCUGCUGAACUACCGUCCGAUUACCUUGCUGAGCACGGCGUACAAGAUCAUCGCAAAAGUUCUGGCUAACAGAGUAAAGCAUAGGCUGGAUAAAGUGGUAUCUACGGGGCAGUUUGGAUUCUUACCCGGUAGGAGCCUUGCUGGAGCGGUGGCGAUUGCGGCGGAUGCGAUCGAUGCGGUGAACUCCAGGCAGGAAGAUUGGCUCCUCCUCCUGGUUGAUUUCAGGAAGGCAUUUGAUUCUGUCUCGAGGAACUACCUGUUCAAUGGCUUCCCGGAGACAUAUGUGAAGUGGGUGGAAGGGCUGCAUCAGGGAAAGGCAACGCGCAUCUGCAACGACAGCUGGCUGGGAGAGGAGGUGCCGGUGCAGACUGGAGUGAGGCAGGGCUGCCCGCUUGCGCCCUAUCUCUUCCUCUGUGCGGUGGAGCCCCUCUGCCAAGAAGCACAGCGGAGGCAAUUAGGAGUGGACAUUGCGGACGCGGGAAAGCUGUCUUACCUUGGCUACGCGGAUGACACAACUCUUCUGCUGAAGGGCCGGGAGCAGUUGAGUAGGGCCGAGACACUGCUUAAUGAUUUUGAACGGAUGUCGGGGCUUGCGGCGAACCGGGACAAGACGGUGGUAAUGCCGUUGGGGAAGCAGCGGGAUGAGGCGCCACCGGUCACCUCACCCUUCAAAUGGGCGUCACAGGACGAGUCGGAACGCCUGGUGGGGGUGUGGAUUACAGGGUGGGGGGAUGCAAAGCCCUCAUGGUGA